GGAAAGGAACCUUUGGUGUGUUGCAGCCGAGUGCCAGUCUGGUGGGCUGACCCAAGGUUCCUGUCAGUGCCUUUGCAGCAGCUGAAGCUGAGGGAUCCCCGGCUGUUUUCUUCUUUUUUUGUUGAAGAACUUUUGAACAGCUGCAGGAAGGAUUUUGCAGACAGAAGGUUGCGUGCUGCUUUUAGCCAUGGUGGAGUAUCUAAUUCACAAGCAUAAGUGGCAAUGUCUGCUUUAGCCCACUGUUACUUUGAACACCCCAGAAUGCCAUUUCUCCUUAGUGCAGCUGGAUGCAGAUUAAUAAGGCCAUAAUGUGAUACAACUUCCUGUCCCUCACGCUACUGUCUGUUCACAAAGCACAGAAGCUGCAUCAGGGGCUCCUCUAGCUCUGUCUGUCUCCAAAGAGGAGGUUAAAGAGCAGAAAGACAAGAAGUCUGGAGAGGAAGAACAAAGUGAACUUCAUUCUGUUCUCAGAGAUGACGGUGAACUUUCCACGGUUAUUGAAGAUGUUGGUGAAUUUCCCACCAUUCUGGAAGAUAACAGCAAAGCUCCAGCAGUGUGGAUCGAGGACAGGGAAUGUCUUGCAGUGUGGGAUGAGGAGUGGGAACAUCCUCAUUGCAGGAAGAAGGAGAACAAAGAUCUCACAGUGUGGGAAGAGGAGGGCAGACAGCCAGCGGCGUGGGACUGGGAUGGGAAACAUCCAGUGGCGUGGGAAGAGCACAGUGAACAUCACACCAUGGGGGAAGGGGAGGGACAGCAUCUCCCUGUGUGGGAAGAGCACCAUGAACUGUUUGAGGAUGAUGAAGAGGAUGGUGAAGCACCACCUUUUUGAGAAGAGGACAGUGACCCUCCCUCUGUUGAGCAUCAUGGGCUGAGCGUUCUGACAGCAGCACAGCCCCACAGCCAGAGGGCAGAGGAGAGAGGUGCCUGAUGCAGCUGAGCACAUCUGCUCUCUGCCAUGUCUGCCAGAGCAGGGUGUGAGGAAACACUGUGAGCCUGGGGGAGCCUGCCAAGAAACACACUGAAGUUGAGCCAGUUGGCCAAGGCUACCUGUUGAUGAAGCUCUCUGGUUGGUGAUGGAGUCCAUGGAUGGAGGAACUUCACAGGAUGUUGUUAGACAGACAUGUCUGGCUGAAGGAGGGAUGGCAGCUGUGAGGUGAGGGCUUCUGCUUGUGCUGCCCAUGGCUUGGACAUGAUGGUCCUUCGAAAGAGAUGGUGAGAACAGGAAUGGCUUUGUGCUCAGAUGUGUUGUUUUUAUGCCUUGGAUAAGAGACAGCCUCUUAAAUGAACUGCCUGUCUGCUCUUUCUCUUCUAGUACUCUUUCAUACUCUUUUGAUUUUGAUUGCUGUUCUCAACUUUGCCUUGGACCCUUUGUCUGGAGUUUGUCUGCACUGCACUCCUUGCUGGUCAAAGCAAAGUUGCUGGUGGCAACUUGGGUAAACUGUCCUUUCUUCUGUUGUAUAUUCAGGUUGAAUUUUUACCCUCGUGUUUUUUGAAUAAAAACUCUGUUAAACCUUAACUCCCUUGAAGUAUCCCUUCCUUAUCGCCCUGCAAUUCAGCUGACCUGAGCAAUGUGAGGGGAGAGUGAGCUCAGCCAUGCCCAGGGACUGGCAGAGCCCAGAGCAGCCUCAGCAUCUGCAGAGCCAGAGGCUCUUGACGCCUUCUCGAGUGCAUCUGUUUCUUGUUUACAAACUCUGGGUGGUGAAAAAUGCCCCUGGUGCUGGAGGAGGGCAGAAGGGGCUUGGGGCAGCCCCAACUGUUCCAUGCAAGGGAAAAGCGCGGCCAGUGGCCGACACAACCCGUGCCUUCAUCCCCUCCCACUUCGGCCAAAUACUUGAAUGAUAGGGCGAGUGACAAAAGGGCAGGGGAGGAGCUCCGGCCGCUCCGUCCCUGCAAUCCAAAGCGUCCUUUGUGCGGUUCUGAGCCCCCCCGGGCUUUCCUGGCCGCACGGGUGUUCCUGUCGUGCUGGCUGCCAGCAGCCCGGGCCCAUCCCGGCACAGGCUGGGUGCUGCAGGAGAUGCGAUCCCGGGAUACACACCUGGUGGCACCUGCGAGCCAAGAGAAGCAUCGGGCUGAGCUCGCCGCCCGUCCCGUCCUCCUCUGCCCUCCUCCUCCCUCCGGUCGUGCGCUCACCGGGGAUCCCGGAGCUGGUGCUGCCGAAGCCGCCGCUCCCCAGUAGGGAACGCACCCCGUACUGCUCCUGCAGGGCCUCCUUCGCCUUCCCCGCAGGCCAGACGCCUGUGGCAGCGCUCGGCCCAGCUCCAGGGCCCGCGUGUGUCCCCCUGGAGGCACGGCGAGCCAGGCGGAGCCCAGACGUGGGACAGCUGCGGACGGCAUCAGCUCCACCGGUGCCCGCCCGGCAGCGCCGCACCGGAACGGCCGGAGCCGGGCGGAGGCGGCACCGGGGCCGGGAGGGAGCGGCGGGAGGGACGGGGACCCUGGCAGAGCGACGGGAGGAGGGAGGCGAGGAAACAGCGGGAGCGGGGCAGGAGAGCCGCCCCUGCCGGAGCGCCGAGAAUGUGUGUCCGUUGGUCCGCGUGCCCGCUGGCCGUUUGUCAGUCCGUGUGUCCGUUGGUCCGCGUGCCCGCUGCUCCCUGUGCCCGUUCCCCACCGGCCGAGCCCCGGGGCCCGCGCAGGCCACGCGGGGCCGCUGAGCUGGGUGGGGGGACCCGCCAGGCUCGUCCGUGCUUCAUUCGCGGCUAAUUAAAGACGCCGUGAUUGAUAAAUCGACGAUUGAUACCCGCCCCCCUUGGGUUUUUAACUAUCUCACGAGAGGCGAGAUGCUUUAUGGGGGCCCACACUCGCUGAUCUACACUUCCUUGGAUUUAAAAAUCCUUACCUGAUUGUAAGAACGUUAACAAUGUUAACCGUGGUAGUGCACAAACAUGCCACGAGAUGGCAAGUUGUGACUGCAUUGGGCACCUAAACUCACAACUCCAGCGAGGGAGUCACCGGGAAAAACCAAACUACGAUCACUGGCAUGGGGAAGGAACGUUCACAAAACUAAUCCAAUGUUCCUUUUCUCAAGAUUAAAAAUAGUUUUGAAUCUA